UCGAUAGUGGGCCUCGAUGCAUCCGCGCGACUGAGCCAACGCCGAGGGCUGAAAGAGAGUUGGCUGCUCGAGCCGAGGUGGGCUCGACUUACCGGUCGUAGGAGGACUGCGUCGUCGGCUUCCUCUGCGUAGCCAUCAUCCUCUUGAGGCAUCUACCGAGGGGUUCCGAUCAGCUGCUUGCGGUCAGGAGCCAAUCGCCUUGCCCUUCGUUGUCGCGACGACGACGAAAACGGAAGAACGGCAAUGAUGCAAGCCUGUUUAUGUAUGAGCGUACGCAGGUUCAGCUCGAGCGCAAGGCAGACUGCCAAAUCGAUGACGCAACAAGGCUGGCUCACGAGCGAUGACAUUCGCUAUCGUAACGGGCUACUCAAGACACUGCCCCGUCAGAAUCGACUACAACUCUUGAAGAAGUACCCGCACGGCGACCCAAACGUACAAGCCCGUCAGCUCGUCGAGAGACAAGAUGCAGCAGUAGUAGAAGCAAGGUUGGCGGCUUUGCAAGCCAGACUCGAAGCGGAAAAGAGCAAAGGGCGUGCGAGUCCCUAUGCUGUCCCUCAAGUCGGUCCAUCCGGCAAUCUGCCCGUCUACGGUGACUCAAAGAAUGGCGCACGCAUGACGGUCAUACGCAAGAUCGAGGGAGACUUGACAGCGCUACAGCUGGAUCUCGUCAAUCACUUUGCUCAAGAGGACAUCAAGUUCGAAUCAAGAGUGGUCCAGCACUUCUCCAGGAUAGAGAUCAAGUCGCCCCUGCCGCUCACGGCGCAUGUCAAAGCCUUUCUCGCUUCCAAGCGCGCAAUACUGUGAUGAACCCCAGAUUGCAAUGUCAUACGAUGUUGCAUGCGCGCGUGUGGUGCUACUGCAUCGGUGGCGUCAUCUCCUUGCUGAUCUUGGGGAGAUCCAUGAUGCCCUUCGAAAAGGCCUGGCUGAUCGUCGCAAAGCCAUCCUCGC